CUACCUGCGCAAGAGUCGCAUUCCGUCACCCACCUCCGCGAUUGGCCGUCGAGCCUCUAAAGGCUUUGAGACAGUGUCACAAUUUUUUUUUAAAUUUAGAAAGUUGGUUCAAGUGUUUGCUUUGUUACCACCAUGUUUUAACAUUAAUAUUCGACGAUGUCACGCCUCACUAUUCUCCUGGCUGUCGCCGGUGCAGUAUCAAGUCAGCUUACGUUGGAUGGUGUGAAAUGCGGCCAGCUUACCUGCCUCUACGAAGAGUACUGCUCACCAGAGACGAACAGAUGCGCUCCCUGCUCCACUGUUUGUAACAAAACUCAUCAUAACUACGAUUCCGGCUUAUGCGUUAAAGAGUGUCAAGGUUACCUGUUGGACUUGAGAUAUUUGCGUAGAAACGAAUAUGAACCGCCGACUUUAAAUACUGAUGGUGCGCAGCGGCAAGCUCAAACGGCGCUGAUCGUAAGCGGCGUGGCGCUGGCGGUUUUGCUUCUAGUCCUGAUCAUCGUAUGCCGGAGCAAGUUCUCGUGGAGGUCUAUUAAGAAAAGAUUUCAACCACCUAAGAAUCAGAUUAAGCAUUUCCCAAGCGAGCUCACUCAUCACAAUGCGCACGCUGAUUUCCCGCGACCGAAACACGAGCUCAAACUUGAAAUACGAAAUCCUGAACCAGCGAAACGUACCACCCAGCCCUUGAAUGUAAAAGACCUCGAAACGAGAACCUCGCAAACGGAUAAGAGCCAAGGGGCGACCACGCCUAAGACUGUUAGCACCGCGAUCAGUAACAGACACCCGGCUGAAGACACUACCUUGGACUUUUCCUACGAUAAUAUGGCAAUGAAUGUCAACCCACCCGAACAGCCCGAAACAACGAACAGAUUCUAAGAUAGGGUUGUCACAUUUAUCGAUAGUCCCGACUACAUCAGCAUUUACUGAACAAAGAUAAUUUUCUAUAUCAACUAUGUUCAGUAAAUUCAAAGUGCUUUUGAAAAUUCGUGUAUUGGCUGAUUUUAUAUGGACAUUAAACUAAUUCUUUAUUUUUCAGUAAUUAGUAUUAUUGCUAUGUUAAUAAUGCUUUCGGAAUGAAAAUUCAAAAUAUUUCGUUAAAACGAAAACAUUUGAAUUUUACCAACGAAUUGUUUAUCGAUAGCUAUGUAUCAGCCAUUAUAAAGCACUAAUCAAUUGAUUUAAUAUCUGUAAGAGCGGGUGCACAACUUUGACUAAAUUAUCGCACAGCUCGUUUGCCAUUGUCGAUUGUUUCGCAGCCCAUUCAACUGUUUAGCUG